GGUAUACCACAAAGAGAAAAUUAAUCAGGUAUUUAGACAAAUCAUUUGAAACGAAAUGUUCCGAACGAAUGAUAAGAAAAGCCCGGGAAAGAGAAAAACAAACAAAGACCACGUUUAUUCAAAGCUUUCAUAAAAAAAUGUCAAGGAAAAUAUAUUUUGCUGGAAGUAUUAGGGCUGGUAGAGAUGAUGCUGAUCUGUAUGCCAGACUUAUAGAACAGUUGAAACAGUAUGGUAAAGUGUUGACAGAGCAUGUUGGUAACACUUCAGUCGAAAAAGAAGAGAAAGAUUUAAGUGAGAAGGAAAUUCAUGACAGAGACAUGGAAUGGUUAAAUGAAAGUGACUAUUUAGUAGCCGAAGUAACACAACCUUCCCUUGGUGUAGGGUAUGAAAUAGGAAGGGCAGUAGAUUUGAAGAAAACCAUACUUUGUCUAUUCAGACCACAAACAGGCAAAAGAUUAUCUGCAAUGAUUCGGGGUGCAGAGAAUGGAUCAACAUUUAUAGUUAAAGACUAUAAAGAAACAGAAGCACCAUCAAUUUUUAAAGAGUUUUUUAAAGAAGAAUUAUAAAAAGUUUUUUAUCUAA